AUGACUCUAACACAAAGAACAAGUCCCCGUAACCCGGAUGAAUUCCCCACGGUCCAGCUAUUUCUACUAGCUAUUGUCCGUCUUGCCGAGCCUAUCGCGCUCACCUCCAUCUUCCCGUAUGCCUGGGCCCUCAUCAAGCGAUUCGAGGUCGGCAACGAAGAUGACGCCUCGUUCUAUGCCGGCCUGCUCAUCUCGGCCUUCUCCCUGGCGGAGGCCUUGAUGGGUAUGUACUGGGGCGGUCUGUCAGACCGUGUCGGACGCAAGCCUGUCCUGCUUCUUGGAUGCAUCGGCACCAUGUUCAGCAUGGUCAUGGUUGGCUUUGCUGAGAACAUCUGGGUGGCCCUCCUCGGCCGCGCCCUCGGUGGACUGCUGAACGGCAACAUCGGCGUCAUCCAGACCAUGGUUGGCGAGCUGGUUACGAAGCCAGAGCAUGAGCCCCGUGCAUACUCGAUUAUGCCCUUUGUCUGGAGCAUCGGCACCAUCAUCGGUCCCAUGAUUGGCGGCCUUUUUGCUGACCCGCACGUGUCAUACCCCAAUCUCUUCCCCAAGGGCUCCCUCUUCGAGCGCUUCCCUUACCUCCUGCCGAACCUCAUCUGUGCUGCCAUGCUCCUCGUAAGCAUCGUGCUCGGCUACUUCCUCCUCGAAGAAACCCACCCUGACAUGCAACCGCGCGUGCUCCUGCCCGAUGACACCUUCCUCUCGGAAAACACCCCCCUCAUGGAGACGUCCGACGCCAUGAAGCGCCCCGCCGUCGAUCUCCGCGAUGAGAACUACGGGACCAUGCGCUCGCGCGACGCUGCUCCCCCACCCCCACCCUCGUGGGCCAAGGAGCAACAAGCGCCGAUUAGCAUCUUCCGCAAGCGCAUCAUGGCAGUCAUCCUGGCCCUCUCCAUCUUCACCUACCACUCCAUGACCUUCGACCACCUCCUGCCCAUCUUCUUCGAAGACGAUCGGGCCCCCGCCAACGACAUCCCCACCACGCUCGCCCUCGCCAGCGGCAGCCCCUUCUACUCCCCCGGCGGACUGGGCAUGUCGCUGCAGGCGGUCGGCGUGGUGAUGGCGGUGCAGGGCGCGAUCGCCCUCUUCAUGCAGGCGGUCGUGUUCCCAAUCAUGGCGGAGCGCGUCGGCAUCUACCGGCUGUUCAUCUUCGUCACCGUGCUGCACCCGGUCGUGUACCUGCUCGUGCCGUGGCUUCUGUACGUGCCAGAGGCCGCCCUGUGGCCCGCCAUCUACGUCGUCCUGGCCGUGCGCAACUUCUUCUCCAUCCUGCUCUACCCGCUGCUCCUCAUCCUCAUCAAAGAGGCCACCCCGAGCUCCACCGUGCUCGGCCGCGUCAACGGCCUGGCCGCCAGCGCCGGCGCCGCCUGCCGCAUGGUCGCUCCGCCAGUCGCUGGCUACCUCUACGCCAUGGGCCGCAGGGUCGACUGCACCGCGCUGGCGUGGUAUGGUAGUGCCGUAGUGGCUGUGAUUGGUGCUGCGCAGUGCUUUGCUGUCAAGCGCGAGCGUGAGGACAAGGGGAAGCGGCCGAUGGAUGUUGAGGAGUAG